AUGGACUUAUAUCAACUAUAAAAUACACUUGCUCCUAAAAGUUUGAGUAAAGAACCUAAAUUAGCAAUAUCGAUUUUGAAAAGGAAAUUUUUUGAACCAAUUGAUAAUUUUGUAGGUGUGUAAAGAACUAGAACGAGUUUUACACCUUAAAGAAAAAUGAAAUAAAUUUAAACGAGAUAAAAAUCUGCAAUAUAGAGAUUUAAUUUUGAAGUUGGAUAAAUAAUUGUUCCAAAAAGAAAUUCUAGAAAAACUCGAUUUUAAGGUCCAAAUUUUCCAUUUAAUCUAAAUUACUUGAUAAAGUAAAUGAAUGCUUUAAAAUGA